AUGCUCUACCCGGAUGGGCUGCAUUCGUUAGUGAUAGAAAAUGGUGCUCUGAAUGCAUUCAGUCUUGAACCUCUGCAUGGCAUUCGCAAUCUUACCUUCGUUUACCUGAGGUAUAACCAUUUGCAGAGACUUGUGGUGAGUAGAGAUUCAAAGCUGGUAAUAUCGAUUGAUAGCUUAAAGUUGUCGAACAACCUGUUGGAGUUUGUCAACAUGGAGUUCUUUAAACCAUUCAAGCAGCUCCGCGAACUAGAUUUGACCAAAAACCGACUGAAGCAAAUCAUCACCAAUGAGCCUGUUGUAUUGCCAUCGCUUUAUCGUCUUGAACUGGCGGACAAUCAAUUGACGGAACUGAACUUUUCCAUCUGGAACGCGCCAAGCCUUCUUUCCCAGUCACGACAAACAGCCUCUGUUCAGUGUGUUUUACUGUCCGCUUUGGAACAUAUAAUAUUAUCAAAUAACAAUCUGACCACCAUCGAUUUCAAUCUCUGGGACAUGCCUUCUCUCAGCAUUAUAGAUUUGGACGGUAAUCGGUUGAAUCGUUUGUACAUAUCGUUCAACAAAUUUCCAAAAUUACGUACUUUGGUUAUUGGGAAAAACUUCUUCAGCUGUUUGGACAUGCGUAGCUUUGAAACGUACAUUGAAAAAUAUGUGGUGAUAGUCAAGUCAGAAAACGACAAUAGCACGUGUCCGACAAAUUCGUCGAUUAAACAUCCACUCGAGAAUGGAGUAAUAUGCUGCAAUGACUAA